AUGGUCUCAUCCAUCUUGGCCCAUCUGACGGCUCUCGUUGUGGCAGCAGCGCCGGCUGUUCUAGCAAGAGUGGCAUCUGACAGCUCCUCCCCAAAGCUGGUGGCCAGGAAGGACUGGGAGAGCCCGGUCUACAACUACCUGUAUCAGUUCCCGCUCCCCAUCCCUCCCAUCAAGACUCCCACCGCAACCAUCACCAACCCAGUGACCAACAAUCCCAUUGAUUACUAUGAGAUCUACAUCAAGAGCUUCACUCAACGCGUCUACCCCAACAAGGGGGACGCUACACUCAUAGGCUACGAUGGCAUUUCUCCUGGGCCAACCUUUCUGAUGCAGCGUGGCCGCGAAGCCGUGGUGCGCUUCAUCAACAACGCAACCAUGGCCAACUCAGUCCAUCUCCAUGGCUCAUACUCGCGUACGCCAUGGGACGGCUGGGCCGAGGAUGUAACGCAGCCAGGCCAGUUCAAAGACUAUUACUACCCCAACAGUCAACCGGCCCGCUUUCUGUGGUACCAUGACCACGCCAUCGAUCAUACGGCCGAGAAUGCCUACUUUGGCCAAGCCGGCGCCUACAUCCUGCACGACCCGGCAGAGGACAGUCUUGGUCUGCCGUCGGGCUAUGGAGUCUACGACAUACCGCUCGUCCUGUCAGCCAAACAGUACAACAACGACGGCACUCUCUUCAGCCCCGCCCAGGAAACGACGUCUCUGUACGGCGACGUGAUCCACGUCAACGGGCAGCCAUGGCCUUACCUGGCGGUAGAGCCGCGCAAGUACCGGCUCCGCUUCCUCGACGCGGCCAUCUCGCGGUCCUUCCUGCUCUACUUCCAGCGGUCGACGGGAUCAUCGGCCAAGAUCCCGUUCCAGGUCAUCGCGUCCGACGCCGGCCUGCUGACGGGCCCGCAGACGGUUGAUAAGCUGUACAUCAGUAUGGCCGAGCGCUACGAGAUCGUCUUUGACUUCACGUCGUUUGCCGGUCAGAACAUUACGCUGCGCAACACGAACGACAUUGCCGCCGACACCGACUACCUAAACACGGACAAGGUGAUGCGCUUCGUCGUGUCUCCGACAGCUGUCGUCGACACGAGCACCGUGCCGGCAGUGCUCGGGCACCCCGACUUCCCGCCGUCGCCGCCGCCAACGACCGUCGACCACCACUUUGAGUUUGCACGCAGCAACGGUGAGUGGCUCAUCAACGGCGUCGGCUUCAACGACGUGGCGCACCGCGUGCUGGCCAACGUGCCGCGCGGCACCGUCGAGGUCUGGGAACUCGAGAACGGCGGCGGCGGCUGGAGCCACCCCAUCCACAUCCACCUGAUCGACUUCCACGUCAUCUACCGCUCCAACGACGACGGCCGCUCCGUCUUGCCCUACGAGGCCGCCGGCCUCAAGGACGUUGUCUGGCUUGCCCCCGGCGAGACGGUCAAAGUCGAGGCCCACUACGCCCCGUGGGACGGCGUCUACAUGUUCCAUUGCCACAACUUGAUCCACGAAGAUCACGAGAUGAUGGCCGCGUUCAACGUCACGGCGCUGCUGGACCUGGGGUACACCGAGACAGCGUUUCGCGACCCCAUGGAGGGCCGGUGGCGGGCCGAGGCAGUGACGGCGGCCAAGUUCACGUCCACCGCCAUCACCCAGAAGGUGCAGUUCAUGGCAAGCCUGCAGCCCUACAACAAUGUGGACGAGGUCUUCACCAAGCUCGACGAGUACUGGGACACGCACACGUCUGCGCCGCCGGUCAAGAAGCGUGCUGCUGCCGGCCCGGCACCCGCGCCUCGUGCUGCUACCGGUGCGAAGACGCGCCGCAUGAGAAUCGACGGGGAUAAGAUCACCCAGGUCAGUUAGGCUCCUCUUGUGGCCUGGAUCAUGCGAAAUGGUUGGUACAUGAAUGACAGCAAAGCCUGAUGGAAUCGUUGUGUUACUGGGGCAAAGUGGAACAUCAUUAAGGGGGCAAAUAGGAUAUCACUGGAGAGCGCCAAGUAAACGUCAGGGUGCGGCAGGUCCACAGCGAGCUGUUCUCCUUGAACUCUUCUUCGCAUUUUUGAUCACGACAUUGGACGAUAUGAGACAAGACCGAGUCACUCGGCCCGCUCUUGCUUUCCCGCAUCUAUUGCGCGGAAUGAGAUG